AUGGAUUCGCCUUUUUUGUUGAGAGAUGUUUAUGAUGAUAUGAUGGUGGAUGGGGUGCAACCAACUGGAGAUAUUUUCGUGGCUUUGAUUAUGGGAACCAUGAGAGGGGCACGUCUGCAAGAUGCUUUCUUUUUCAGAGAUGAAAUGAGGGCCAUGGGAUUAGUCCCCGAGGUCGCGUUAUACAACUUUCUGAUCUCAACCUGUGGGAAAUGGAAGAAUUCUAUCCUGGCAAUUCAGAUAGUGGAAGAAAUGAAGAGAUAUGACGUGAAGCCUAAUGGACAAACUUAUGUUUGUCUACUUAAUGCUUGGGCAGCAGCUGGACGAUUAGAUCAAGCGUUAGCAAUAGUCCAUGAUAUGACUGCUGCUGGUUUUGAAUUGAAUAAGUUCUGCUAUGCUGGACUUAUGGUUGCACAUAUUAACAAGAUGCCUAGAGCAGAUGAUGUAGCAGCCAGAAUUAUUGAGUUAGCUGAGCAGUCGAAAGGUUGGUCAUCUCUUGAAGCAAGUGGAAAUACCGGAAAUGCUAUGCUUGGCGUUUCUGAAGAAGAGCGAUUGAAACUUUUACUAGAGAUGCUCAAGAAGGAUGGUAAAACUCCUGACACCUUUAUCACCAUGCAAACUAUGAGAUGCUAUCUGCAUGCUGCGGACAUCAACCGUGCAGUUCAAAUUUUUGAAGAUUACUUAAAUGAAGGGAAGCCCUCUGUAAUGGAACUUUAUGCAACACUAGUUGAGGGAGCUAUGGUUGGGCAUACUCCCAGAGGAAGGCAACUCGCUCAAGAAACAUUGGUCAAUAUGACUUCUAGGAAGUUUUUCUUGAACAAUAAAGUAGGAAGUGAUCUCCUCCUUGCAGCUGCUGGUGAGAAGGUAAGCAAAUACUUAAGUCUAGACAUUUUCCGGAAAAUAGUGUUUAUCUGUCCCUUUUCAACCUCCUUUUCUUAGAACUUUUAUGUUUUGCAACACAGACUGGUGGAUAAACAAUUGCAAACUAUAUAUGGGACACAUGAUGCAGGCUCGCGAUGCAGUUCCUUCUCAUGCUGCAGUGGAAGCUUAUUACAAUGGCCUAAUCGAAUGAGGAGGAAAUACACUUUCUAAUGCAUCUCAUGGUUAAUCUUCAAGUACCCAAUAAUACUGCCAUGUUGAAGUAGAAAUGUGAGGCAAAAUCUUCUUUGUAGUAAUUGCUAAAGAUGAAGGGAUUUGGUUCCAUAGAAGAAAAAGAUGGAUGAGUUAGGCAUGUGACAGAUAUUGGGUGGUUCUCUAUUGUAUAACUGAAGUUUUGUUCUUAGGCCUUGGCUAAUUCAGUUGACAUUUCCAUAUUUCCGGAAUAAAACCAUUAAUUUAUUUUUCCCAAUAUUAUUGCAGUGUAUAAUUCAUCAAUUGAAAAAAAUGCAGGUUCUUAUACCAGUAAAAGGUACCAAAAAUAAU